AUGGCACAGGAACAUUCGCAACACGGCCAAGAAGCUGGUAGGUCCCCACUCUGCGUCAACGCCUCCAAGACUGAUACGCUUCUCAGCCAGCACGCCGGCAAAUCUCUCGAUGAACUUGUCGCGGAAAAGAUCCUCAAUACCGACCAAAAGACCCAGAUUCAGAAGAAGCCUGCUCUCCAGGCUGCCCUGGCCCAGUACGAGGAGCAGCUUGCUCAAUACCAGAAAAUCCACGAGCAGUACCAGACACGAGCGGCGGCCGACAAGGCAGAAUGGGCCAAAUCUCUCGAGAAGACCAAGGAGGAGGCAAUCAGUGAAGCCAAGGCUGAUUCUGAAAGCUCUCUCAAGUCCAAGCUUCUUGUUCUGUCACAAUUCUUGCGUCUGGCAGCCUACCGCCGCGAGGAAUCUCAGGAACCGGACUCGGAUGAGAGCCAGGCCAUUGAGGGUGUGCUGCUUGCCAUUUACUCUGGAGACGAUAAUGCCGUCUCAGCCAUGCAGAAGCUGAUUGAGGGAUCUGAAGACCAAAUCUUCAGUGUCCCUGGAGAGCAGCUCCAGACAACUUAUGCCUCCGUCAAGUCACUGGCAGAAAACUACAACGCGCCAGCCCAUACUGAGGCUGCAGUUGAAGGACAGCCAGCAGCCGAGAUUGUGUCCGACCCGACCAUUGCAAAUGAGGCCGCAACUGAGAUUGCAGCUGGAGACGGCAUCCUAGCCAACGGUCAUGAGCAUGUGGAACCCGAGCCUGCUUCCAAUGGUCUUGCUAAUGCCAACGUUGCGGAUGAGGCUGCCAAUGCAGUUGCUGAGAGCCACUGGGAUACCAGCAACCACGACAUUUCCCUUUCCCAGGAGUGGGUUGAUGUAGGGGCUAUCCCUGCCGAGACAACUGAGCCUGAGCCUGAGCCCGAGGCUAGCGUAGAGGUCGCCACCCCUGAUGCUAAGAAGCAGUCUUGGGCUGAUGACCACCCUGAUCCCGUCGCCGAGCCGAUGCCAACGAUGGAUUCCACCAAGUCCAGCGCAACCGGGGACGACAGGAUCGCGAGGGCAGUGGAGGACGUGGACGCGGUCGUGGUGACUGGCGCGGCCGAGGUGGCUUCCGAGGAGAUGGCCGUGGACGUGGCCGAGGACGCGGUGGCGAUCGAGGUGAUCGUGGCGGAGUGCCUUUCCGGGGACCUCGCCGCAACGAGUCGUAGAGCUCCGGCUCACGGCAUUGCAUUGGAACUUGUCAAAAAGGCAGGUCUCGGGUUCUUUUUGGCGGAAGGGGAUGGUUGGGGCGGCUUCUUUCAAUAA